ACAUCAUUUUGUUUCAGCAACAGAGAACCCUAACUCGCAAUAGCAUAAAAAAAUGUCAGGAGGAGGAGUGAAGAGAGCAUUAAGACAGUUCACCUUCGGAAAAGGAGCAACCGCCGGCCGUAACUCCAAAGGCCGGAUCACUUCUUAUCACAGAGGCGGUGGCCACAAACGCUUACUCCGAACUAUCGAUCUCAAACGUAACACUUCUUCAUCUAUAGGUAUCGUCGAAAGAAUCGAAUACGAUCCUAACCGUUCAGCUCGUAUCGCUCUUGUUCGUUGGCUCACCGGUAUUCCUCCACCUCCUCAACGCCACACCACCACCGCCACCGCCGCCGCGGCAUCCUCCUCGAGAAUUCUCAAACUCGAUCCUUCAUCGGCAUCUGUUAAUGACAUUCAUGGAGUUUUUGGUUUCAAUUCUAUGCUUCCGCAAUUGCACGCUGGAGCUAGUUCUGGAAAAUAUUUUAUCUCUGCGUUUUCGUCUAAGGAAGAGAAAGCUGAAUCGGUUCCGUUGCCGUUAGGGUUACCGAGGAUUGCGGUGGCGGCGGCGAGACCGGAAUUCUUUGGGACGCGUGUGAAAGGUGGAGAUGAGAAGUUGGAGAUUCGUAAUUGGAAGAAGAAUAGUGAUGUUUGGAUGCAUAGGAAUAAACGAAAAGCUGCAAUUUCUUGGCAUAAUAUUGCUUGAUUGUAGAAUUGAGUUAAUUGCUUUUGUUUUAUGAAGAUUAAUUGUCGGUUAAUUUUUAGUUUGGGAUUGUGUUUAUGAAUGUUGAAGUAUAAUGCAUGAAUUUGUGAUCAUGAAUUGAUGAUAAUUUAGGUUAUUUGCAUUGAUUUUAGUUUGAUUUGUGUUGCAAGUGAAAAUGAGAGAGGGAUAAUAAUUGAAUGAUUUUGUUGUUUUGUUUA